AAGUUAUGAAAAGAAAAUAAAGAUCAAGGCAACAUUGUUGCUAAACAAUAUUGGAGGAUAUUUGACAUAACAAAGAAAAAAAUAUUUGUAAUGUCACGGAAAGGCUUAAAAUAAAUGCAAUGACACUUUAGCAAUUGACAAUAAACAAAAUUUUACAAGUCAAAUUGAAUUGGAAAAUUAAAUAUACUUUUUUGGCAUAGUUACCUUUAAUCGAAGACUUUAAUAAAAUUAAAAUGUAUAAUAUCAAAGAGAAGGGAACUUAUUAAAAUUGAUAAAAAAAUAAAUUUGGAAACUUAUAAAAUACAUCUAUAUAUACUUAUGCCUUUAAUCUGUCAAAUAUUCGUUUAUUAUUGGAGUAUAAAAUAUAAACAAUUCAAAUAAAUAAAUUAAGUAGAAUCGAAUUAGUAAAAUAAAACUCUGACAAAAAAAAAAAAAUUAACGUAAUGGAAAAAUCAGAGACACAAGUGACUACAACAAAUCCAAGAAGAAAAAUUUUAUCUAUGGCAGUAUCAAGUAUAUUAUUAGAAAAAGGAUUUGAUAGCGUUGAUAAAAUCUGUUUAGAAACAUUAACAGAAAUUAUACAAUCUUUUAUAAUUGAAUUAGGUCAAUCUUCGAGAAAUUAUUGUGAAUUAUCUGGUAGAACUGUACCAGUUAUUGGAGAUGUAGUAUUAGCUUUAAUUAAUAUGGGGAUUUCAAUGCAAGGUUUUGAUGCAUUCGCAACAAGAAGUAAUCGUUUAAUUAUAACUCCACCACAACAAGUACAAGCACAAAAACAAUUAAAUUUAUUACAAGCUGGUACAAAAUGCUCUCAUCCAUCGCAUAUACCAAAUUUUUUACCAGUUCUACCAGAUCCGCAUGCAUAUGUUAGAACACCAACGCAUAAGCAACCCGUUACAGAAUAUGAAGCAAUUAGAGAAAAGGCAGCAAAUCAAAAACGUGAUGUUGAAAAAGCAUUAACAAAAUUUCUUUCUAAAACAAGUGAAGUUCAUACAUUAUUCGAUACAGAAGAUAAUUUAUUUCCUUUAAUUGCUUGUAAAUCAUCAUUUCCACCAUAUUUAGCAGCAUUAAAUCCAACUGAUCAAGUUUUUGAUUUUGAAGAAUUAGAAUAUCAUUAUCAAGUUGCAAAUAGAACUGAAGAUGCCAAAGAUAAUGAAAAUGAAAGCGGAAAUGAAGAAGAAAAUGAAGAAAAGGGUGAAAAAGAAAUAAAAAUAGAACCCGAACAACAAAUAAAACCGAAUUCAUCUACAAAUAAUGCCAUUUUAAAUAAUCCUAACAUAGAUAAUCCUUAUUUACGUGCAGCAACAUUACCUAAAAAAGCAAAAACUUCAAAUCCGUUAAAUGUAUAAUGAACUUGACAAGAAUUACAUGUUAUAUUUCUUUUAAAUAAAUUCAAUUUUAAAAUUUUUCAAUUCAAAAAAUUUGUUUUAUUUUUAA